AUGACCGUUUUGCCGCUUUUAUGGUCGGGAUGUUUUAUCGUACUUUUUUCGCACGGGUGGCUUUCGACGUGGCUGAACUGUCCAGAGAGAUCCGACUCUCGGCCGAGAUGGCGGUGCAACUUCAAAGGAAGUGUGAUGGGCGAAUGUGUGAGGUGGCCGCCUGCGGACCGGGCUGAAAUGAACAUGCACACAGGCAGGCGGAGGGGCGGAGAAAAUUGAGGAGGGGGAGUGCCUGGAGCAGGAGGAUCGGGUCUGUCCAGCUAAUCAAGCAUCAACUUCAUCAUCAUCACCGCGGAUGCACCGUGAACAGUUACUCAUAUAGGAAAUGCAUGGGUAAUCGGAGGAAAAUGAGCGGCUUGCCUUUGAUGAGUUGGAGAUAAAUAUAGUUUCACAGUUAUUAUGAGGAUGCAGAAA